AGUUUCGUUUUGUCGAUGACAGCCAGGUCAUCGUAGCGGGUUUCACACAGCGAGUAACAGACAGCGAAACUAGUUGGCUGAGAUUCAUACAAAAGCUUCUAGUCUCCACUGGUCACACUAGUCGAGCGUGAAACAGAGAGAAUUAUGGACGCUCUAAGGAAACAAGCAAGUAAGAUCAGAGAUCAAGUCGCCAAACAACAACAGGCUGUAAAAAAGCAGUUCGGGGGAACUGGAUAUGAAAGUUCCGAUGUAAUGGUCAUAGAUGAGAUCGAGUUGCAGAGACAUCAACAUCUGGAGAAACUUUACAGGUCUACUCGUGCAGGCAAGGAUUUUCAGAAGGAUAUUGUUCGAGCAGCUGAAGCAUUUACGGUCACUGGCUGUAAGCAAAUAGAAACAGGAACCAAGCUCUCUGAGGACUGUUGCAAAUAUGGAACUGAGAACACAGAUGACAAUAUCUUAGCAAAGGCUGCGUCUCUAUAUGGUGAUGCGCUCGGCCAUGUGGAGAAAGAGCAAGAAGACUUAAAUAAGAUGUUAUCAUCGCAGGUUUUAGAACCUUUGAGGGCGAUGGUAAAUGGCGUUCCUCUUGAAGAUGCCCGCCACCUUGCUCAACGCUAUAGUCGAAUGAGACAAGAAGCAGAGAUCCAGGCAGCAGAAGUUUGUAGACGGCAAGCACGAUCGAAGGAACUUCCUUCUCCUGACAACACAGCAAAGCUGCACGCAGCUGAGUCUAGAAUGAAAGAACUCCAAGCAAACAUGGUGGUUUUGGGGAAGGAAGCAACGGCAGCGUUAGCUGCAGUUGAAGCACAACAACAAAGACUGACGUUUCAAAGGCUUGUGUCAAUGGUCGAGGGGGAAAGGACUUUCCAUCAAAGGGUGGCCGCAAUUCUCAUUGAUGUUGAAUCUGAGAUGGUUUCGGAAAAGCAGCGGAAAGAGUCUGCUCCUCCUGUCAUUGCAUUGGAUACCUGUUCCGAAAAAGCCAAGUAUUACCUGGCUGAGGCAACUCAUGCCUUUUUUGCUACUUCUGAGAAGGAACUGAGCUUGGCAGUGGGUGACUAUGUUGUGGUCAGAAAGAUGGCUCCUUCGGGAUGGUCAGAAGGAGAGUGCCGUGGUAAAGCGGGAUGGUUUCCUUCGGCAUAUGUGGAAAAACGCCAAAGAGUUCCGACCAUCAAUGUGAGCAGUGAAGUUUUCUGAUGCUCCACCUAAAACUUUAAAAUGAAAUGAGGGAAGAUAAUGUCAAAGGUGCCUCUUAGGAUGUAAUUUUGCUUUGCAGCAAAUUUUGAAACAGACACGCUUUAUCCUUGAAAUGCGUCCCAGAUCCUGUUGGGAAUGGAGCUUAAAGGAAAAGAAAAGAAAUGAAAUGAAAAUCCACAAAUUUCUAAUCUUUCGUCAGUCGUUGGUCCGAGGCCAAACCGUAAUAAGUGCAAGUACAUUUUUCUUAUUAGAAAACUGGAGAAUUUUAUUCAUUAAAGUUUUUCAGGUUGGAUAAACCUGAAUAACAGAGUUUCAAUA